AGGCGUUAGGUGUAAUUUUGAAUUAAUUAAUGUGAAAGUGAAUGUUCUCAUCAAAUAAACAAGUUAAUAAGACACAGUAACUCUGAUAAAUUGAUUUUAAUAAUCUGAGGGAGGGAGUCAACUCCACAAUAAAUCCUCAAGUUUAUCGCCUGAAAUUCGUGUUUCAAAAUCUAAUUUCUCGCAUUCAGAUUUUCUGGUAUCUAUUCGAUUUUCUCAUUUUGAUUUUUGUGUUUUUUAAUCUAAUCUAAUCAUCCGCUGCGAUUCGAUACAUUCGAAGAAAUUAAAUAAAUCGGUUACCUGGAGAUGGCGGAGGAGAUCGGUGCCGAGGCGUCGCAGAAAUCGCCGUCGUCGGUGAUGCGGAGGCAGAUCGGGAGCCGGCGGCGGAGCAGGAUAGGGGAGGCGACGGGGGAGUGCGCGGCGGUGUGCUGCUGCUGUCCUUGCGCUGUGAUGCACGUCGUGCUCAUGGCGGUGUAUCGCAUUCCGAGGAGCCUGUGGAAGGGAAGGAAGAAGAGGAAUAUUGCUUUGGAGGUGAAGAAGGAAGGAUCGGCGGAGAGCGGCGGGGGAGGGCGGCUGGUGGUGGAGGAGGAGCUCCUAAGAGGAAACGACGUCGUCGUCGAUUGGGAUAAGGAAAUGCUGGAGCGGUUCGGUAGCUUAGGGUUUUUCAGAAGCGAUUCGGUGCAGGGCGAGACGGUUUCUUAAGGCCGCGUUUGGAUGCGAUGAUUCGCCUUCUUAAUUCUCAUAAUAUUUAUAUCAUCA